AUGAGGAUUUUGCUCCUCCUAUGGCUGGUCUUAAUACUCGCGCAUACCAACCCUUUCAGCAUAGGCACGGUUUUGGUCUCGGGCCAGUGUCUCAGCGAUCAGAAAUCGCUGCUGUUGGAAUUCAAGAAUAGCCUCGACUUCAAUGCUUCUUUGUCCACGAAAUUGAUCAAAUGGAAUCAGAGCAAUGAUUCUUGGGAUGGCGUGACCUGCGAAGGUGGCCAAGUCACGGGUCUUGAUCUGAGCAAGGAGGGGAUCACUAGUGGACUAAGCAAUUCGUCGAGUCUUUUCAGAUUCAAUUAUCUUCGGAUGCUGAAUUUGGCUUUCAACAACUUCCAGUCUUUGGAGAUUCCAUCUGGGUUGGGUAAUCUCACCAAUUUGGUCCACCUGAAUCUUUCAAAUGCCGGGUUUGCGGGACAAGUUCCAAUUGGAAUGUCACAUUUGACCAGGUUGGUUACUCUUGAUGUAUCCCUGCUUUAUUUUCCUGGGCUCACUUCUCUGAAACUCGAGAAUCCGAAUCUAAAGAUGCUUGUUGGGAAUCUGAGCGAGCUGAGAGAGUUGUACCUUGACGGAGCGAACGUGUCUGCUACAGGCAAUGAAUGGUGCAAUGCCUUGUCUUCUUCGCUGCCGAAACUUCAAGUGUUGAGCAUGAUGAAUUGUAAUUUAUCAGGUCCCAUCGAGUCUUGCUCUUCCCUCGUGAAUCUUCCUUUUCUGUCAGUGAUUAAACUGGGCAACAAUAAUCUGUCUACCACCGUCCCGGAGUUCUUUGCCCGCUUCCACAAUUUAACUACACUGCAUCUUAGUAAUUGUGGCCUGCAGGGACAAUUUCCUCAAAAAAUCUUCCGGGUACAAACACUUCAGACCCUUGACCUAUCAUUCAACCAACUUCUUCAGGGUUCUUUGCCAGAAUUUCCGGAGAAUGGUUCUCUUCAGACACUGGUUCUUAGUUUCACGAAUAUUUCUGGUGGGCUCCCAUAUUCAAUUGGUACUCUCAGAAAUCUGUCAAGAAUAGAAUUGCAACUGAGAAAUCUUUCGUAUUUGGAUCUUUCCUACAAUCGUUUUUCCAUUAAUGCCACUGCUUCCCAGGCGUCUUCAUUCCCUGACCUAGGAACUUUAAAGUUGGUUUCUUGCCAGUUGAGGACUUUACCUGAGUUCUUGGCUGGGCAACACAGAUUGGUAUUUCUAGACCUCUCUGACAAUCAAAUUGAGGGCAAGAUACCAAAAUGGAUAUGGAAGCUUCAAGAUCUUCUGUAUCUCAAUCUUUCGUCUAAUUUACUAGACGAUAUUGAAACACUGCCACGUAAUCUUACUUCUACUCUGUUUGUUCUUGACCUCCAUAAGAACAGGCUCCGUGGACAAACGUUGCCACUGCCGCCAUUUGCCGCACACAUGGACUUCUCGAGUAACAACUUCACUUUAGUCAUUCCACUUGCUAUUGGAACGAGUCUUUCUACAGCAAUAGUCUUCUCCCUGUCCAAUAACAAUUUCCAGGGGUUUAUCCCAGAAUCAAUUUGCGAAGCUGGAUAUCUCGAGGUGCUCGACCUAUCUCAUAAUAAUUUGACGGGAAGUAUACCAGAUUGCUUAGUAAUGGAGUCUCUCAAGAACGUAGGAAACAACCAGAUUGAUGACGUGUUUCCAUGUCAAUUGAAGAGCAUCUCAAGUCUACGUGUCCUUGUUUUACGAUCAAACAAGUUCUAUGGAGGGGUUGGAUGUCCAGAGACUAAUGGCACUUGGAAGAUGCUUCAAAUUGUAGACAUCUCUUCCAACAAUUUCAGUGGCACUCUGCGUGCUGAGUGGCUCACAAGUUGGGAGGCUAUGAAGGCUAAUGUAGACUUCAAUUAUAUCCACUAUCCAAUCCUUCUCAAUUCUGGACUCUAUUAUCAGGACACAAUAAGCGUCACCAUCAAAGGUCUGCAAAUGGAGCUGGUGAAGAUCUUGACUGUUUUCACUUCAAUCGACGUCUCAUGCAACAAUUUAGAAGGUCCAAUACCUGAGACUCUGGGGGAUCUAAAAGCACUUUAUGUCCUCAACAUAUCAAAAAAUGCAUUCUCAGGGCCGAUUCCUUCUUUCCUAGGACACUUGCAACAGCUUGAGUCCUUGGAUCUUUCAUGGAACCACCUCAAUGGCACGAUUCCCACACAGCUUACAGACCUUAAUUUUCUUUCCUUCCUGAACCUCUCAUACAAUAAACUUGUGGGAUGCAUCCCAGCGAUCAAACAAUUUCUCACCUUUUCCGCAAGUUCGUUCGAAGGCAAUGCCGGAUUGUGUGGACCACAGCUGGGAACAUAUUGCUCAAGUUCUAUCGGAGGAAACCUUGGAUCGUGCAAGAUUAUGCACGAGAAAACUUGCUCAAUUGCCACAAACGGGACGGAAAAUGCGGGAUGUGUUCCAACUCAAAGCGACAUAGAUGACGAUGGUGAGAAUGAUGAUAGCGAGAAGAAGUGGUUUUACAUGGGCAUACCGCUUGGAUUCGUGGUUGGCUUCUGGGUAUUUUGUUGUCCGUUAUUGUUUAUCAAAUCAUGGAGGUUUGCUUACUAUCGAUUCUGGGAUAAAGUACUGUUCAGACACUCACGUCCAUGA